AAAGAGAAUAACAACUACUUACACUUACCCCACGAAGUGAACAUGCUUUGAAAGAAAUAAAAUAAAUUUUAAGCAUUAUUUUUGAAAUAAAAACACAGUUUUGUAGAAAAAUUAAUCACUAAUAUCGUAAAAUGAAAAAAAUCAUUGCCGUUUUAUGUUAGAUUGUUCGAAACUUAUUGGGAAAUGUUUUUCAAGAAACCGUUCGUAAAGAAAAGUAUUAAAAGGGACGCAGUGCCAAUAAAUUCAUUACAAUCGGAUGGUACUAUUAAUAUUAGCCAUAAUUUAGAAAAUAUUUCAAAUAUAAGUUUAACAAUAAACGAUUGUUCAGUAAACAUGUAUCAAUUAAAACAAUUACUUUUAUUAAUGUUAUUUGGAAUCUCAAUCGUUAAUUUCACAUUAACAAUAUUAAAUACACAAAAUAUUGCAGUGAAUAGUACAUUAUUGCAACAAAUGAAUACAACUACUGCUAUAAUUACAAAAGAUGUUCUUCGAAUCUCUAAUCAUUUAUCUGGAAUGGAAAGUUGGAAAUAUAUUUUAAAGUUAACUAGCUAUUUUGAUGAAAUAUUUCCACAGGCUAGCUAUUUUGAUGGAAUAUUUUCUCAAAUAUCAAAAAUGUUUGCAUCUAUUUGUGUGUUUGUAUCUACAAAACCAAUGUAUUUAGUACCUAUUUUUGGUAUUUGUACACAAAUGAUUUUGUCUGUUCACGGAAGAGUAGCCAGAUUCCGGAAUUUAUUGGGAUGUUUACUUUGGGGAUGUACUUUAUAUCUACAAGAACAGAGAGCUUUGGUUGAAGAUAAUAUUCUAAGCCGGGUUCUUUGUUCAACAUUGAUAUUAUUUUUAGCUGUUCAAAUACUUCUAACGUCUGAACAAGAAGUGAAAGUCUACAAUUUAAACAUUACAGAUACAUCACCAAAGAGUUCAAAAAUUCGUAUUAAUAAACGCAAUUUAUUUUCAAAAGAUACAAAUAAGACAUUCGAAUUUAAUAAUGGUAUUGAUAAAAAUAAUAUAAACUUUUUUAAUAAUCUUAAUCAGAAUAAUUUAUUACAUCGACCAAACGAAAAUUUAUUUUUAAGUAAUGAAUCUAAGAGCUUAUUUAAUGAACCAUUAAAAUUUGAUAAUUUAAUUAAAAUAUCACCAAAAAAUACUGUUGAAAUAAAUACUCUUGACACUUAUUGUGAUUCAUUGAAAAAUUUAAAAUUAAGUACAAAUGCAAAUUUUAUUUUAAAUAAUAAAGUUAAUCCACAUUUUCGACAGAAGGAGUAUGGUGUUCAACAAGUUCCUGAUAUAUUUGUAAAAAAAUCGGUACUGAUAUCACCGACUCGUUUUCAAAAAGUUUCUCAGGAAUCGUGGGUUGCUGGUGGUUAUUGGAAACAUGAUCAGUGUGAAUUUGUAACAUCGAAACUUAGAACUGAUCAAAUAUUAUUUAAAAACUUAACACCAUUAAGCCGAUCAUCAAGUCAAAGUAGUGGGUUUAGUUCACAAUCUGAUCAAAACAGUCUUAUAGAAUCAACAAAUUCUUUUAGAACGUCUGUAGUUAAUUCGAAAUUUUUUUUACCACAGUAUGAUGAUCGAUUAUCGGUACGAUCAGAACCAGCGUAUCAUAGUAAUAUUUAAAAAUUGUAUAUUUUUGCACAGGCUGGCAUAAAAAUGAACGAUUUCAAUAACUUUAUCUUUUUAUUAAAACGAUAAUUAUAUUUAUUUUUGAUCUAAUACAAAUGUAAUUGAAUAACAAAUGCAAGGAUUAUUAAACCGAAAAAAAAUUUUGAACAUUUGUUCUGUAUUCGCAUCCACCACCACGAAAAUUGCAAAUUUGGAGUGGCACAUAGAAUCGUUAUUUUGAUUAAUAAAAUGAUUUUUCUAAACAAAAUAACAGAUAAACAUGAAUAGUCAUCUUGUGGCCACCAUAAAAAAUGCCGCAUUUUUUAGAAUUUCCCCAAAUAAAAAUAUUUUAGCUUUGUCAUAUUCGAAGUUACAGCUGGGUGCUAGAUAAUUUUUUAAUCACUAAUUGAACCCAAAGAUUUGUUGUCUAUUUCAUUGCAAAUAUUGUUUUUAAUUGCGGACGGCUCAAAAAACAGUUUCUAAAAAAUAAAAUCAUAUCGUUCAUUUUUGUGCCACACUGUUUAUGCCAUGUAAUAAGUCUGUUAAAAACACUGCCAUUUUAAAACUUUGUGAAUUCCUUUUAAAAAUAGUUAUCUUGUGAUGUAUAUAUAUAGAAACUAAGACGAAAAGUAAUCACUUCCAAAACUACAGAAUAUUGCCAGAAAAAUUAAUCAAACUGUGAUUUUUUUUCGAUUUUAUUUAUUUACUCACAGUAAUAAUUAUGAACAAAUCAAGUGAUAAUUAUAUUGUUCCUAAAGAAAGGACACUCCACAGAGUCGUUGUUUAUGGUAGAUUGUGUGAAUUGUAAAUAUUUAUUUUGCUUAUUUUUAUUUUAGUACGUUAAAUUAAAAUUUAUGUUAUUUGAUAAUUGUUAAUAUUAUAUUUAAUAAUUUUUGAUUUGUUUUAAAAUUCAAAUAACUGGCAGCUAAGACCGUGCUAUACAUUCGCGUGGUGACAAACACUAAGCUACUCAUAUAAUUGUAGAUGCCAAAUACUUUUCUUAAAAAUAUUUCAAAAGGCAAAUACACGAGUCCGUUGUUUUAGCCGCCUAUAGUAAGCUUGUGCUGAGAAUUGAAAUUUUACUUAAUGAAUUUAGAUUUAUUUUUUAAAUUAUAUAAAAUUUAUAUACUCAGCCCUGCCUUGUUUUAAUCGGCAUUCCGCGUCAAUAUAGCGAAUUACAUUUGGGAUAAAGCAAAUAGCGAAUAAUAAAUAAGUGAAAAUGUGUUUGGUAUUCGUCAAUAAGCGAAUAUGUGGCGCCGUGUUUUGGGUAAAUGUUAACUGCUAAUAAUAAUACAAGACUGCAGCGCACAUUCAAUUUAGACUUUUUAACGCAUGUAUUUUACAUAAGAGACUUAGACAAAGUUUCAAUGUGUUGCAAUAACUAUUUAUUUGAAUUACAAGAAUUAAGGAAAUGACUAGAGUUUGUGAAGAAAAUAAAACAAAAAUUGCUUACUUUUAAGAGGCGGAGCUUUUUAAAGACUACAAACAAUUAUUUAUAAAAAAUUGGUUGAUAAAUGGCACAUUUGUCGUUUGUCAUUCACAAUUCUUCGAAUUAAUAAAAAGAUUAAAUUACCUAAUUUAAAAAAUAUUUAUUUUUAAUAAA